ACACUCCACACCUCCGCCAACAUCCACUUACUCUCCGACCGCGCAACGCCGCACCAUCAGAAUCCCUUACUUUAUCACCGUUAACAUCUUGUUCUCCGAAGCAACAUGUCUGAACGAAAGGUACUUUCCAAGUACUACCCCCCGGACUUCGAUCCGUCCAAGAUUGUCCGGCAACGCGGCGCAAAAGGAGGGAAACCCGUUCUACCCACUGUCCGACUGAUGGCCCCGUUCUCUAUGCAGUGCACCAGCUGCGGCGAGUUCAUCUACAAAGGGCGGAAAUUCAACGCCAGGAAAGAGACGACGGAGGAGAAGUAUCUCGGAAUCUCGAUCAUCCGCUUCUACAUCCGAUGCACGCGCUGCUCGUCGGAGAUCACAUUCAAAACGGACCCGCAACACACCGAUUACGCGGCGGAGCGCGGAUGCAAGCGCAACUACGAACCUUGGCGGGAGAGCAAACUGGCAGAGCCAAAUCCGUUAGAUUAUGAGGAAGAAGAGGAAGCUGUGGAUAAGAUGAAAGACCUGGAGGAAAGGACUCUGCAGCAACAGAAUGAGAUGCGGAUAAAUGACGCCCUUGACGAGAUCCGCGCGAGGAAUGCACGGAUAGAAUCAGGAAAAGAUCGCGCAGUGGUGCCCGCCGAGCCGCCACAACAUCAAAAAGAGGAUGAAGAGGACGCAAGGAUAGCAAGGGAAGCGUUCAAAAUGAGAGUUCAGAACGGCGACGAUCAGAUUGUCGAAGAGGAGCCUACGCCACCCCCAGCAACAAGCUUCGUCCGACCAAAGGCAAAGAAGAAGGACGCGACUGCUAUGUUGGGUCUAAAAAAGCGGAGCACUGAACCUACUGUGGCCCCAUCUGGACCAAACUCUGGGAACGUCCCCCAAAAGCCUGUCGUGCAGCCACCGGUUUCUCUUCUCUCUGGAUACGAUGACGACUCUGGCUAAUGUAUUAUGACUUGGUUCUCUGCUGGCGUUAAGGGUAUACCCCAUGCAUGCUGGAUAAUGCAAAUAAUAGUCCGGUUCUUAGUACGGAAAAUAUUCAGAAUUAAUGCAGAGGGGCCUUGCCACCAAGUGGUUCGCUGUAGCUGUCUCCGCUGAAUGUCAUGAGGACAAUCAUAGAGCUUGGAUUAUUGGACGAUCAUUGGAGUAUAUGGCAUGAGGUUGACAGAAAAAAGAGGGAUACUGUGAGCUAAGGUUAGCGAAACAUGUAGAAUUCAAUCAUUCAACUAAACGCAUUCCUUCUCCAACGCUCUAUUCAUUUACGCGGGCCACCUCGCACUAAGCGCCGCCGCAAUAGUCGCAUUCACAGGAAGAACACUGCCAUGUCUCAGGUUCUUCGGAAACCCAC